AUGUUGCCUGAUUCGGCACGCCCAUACCAGGUAGAAUUAUCUUGUGUCGCUGAACGAGAAAAUGUGAUUGUAAAACUUGGUACUGGCCUUGGUAAGACCUUUAUUGCGAUAAUGGCAAUCAAAUUUCAUUUGCCGAUCACCUAUGUACCCUUAUCUGAGGGUGGAAGAAGGAUCCUAUUCAUCGUCAGGACAGUUAUGCUAGCACAUCAGCAGACAGACUACCUUCGCAGGCACCUGCCGUUGCAGGCUGAUCAAAUUGGAUGCCUUCAUGGUAGAAUGUCAAAAGAAGACAUUAUAGAUCUUUGGGACAUAGACAUUUGGAGAGCUCGGUUGGAAAAAUCCCGAGUAAUUGUAAUUACCGCUGGUGCCCUUCGUGAUGCGUUAAAUCAUAACAAGUUAUCCAUGGGUCAUUUGGAGAUGCUUGUAUUUGACGAAUGCCACCAUGUGGACCCAAAUAAAUGUUCCGAUUACACGGACAUAUGUCAGCAUUUAUCUAAAUUCCGCUCAGGUUGUUGGAGAUCGGAUGGCUCUGCGGGUCCCAAGGUUCUGGGACUGACUGCUUCCGUUAUAAACAAUGUGAAGGAUGUUUCCCAUGUUCGAAAUUGUGUCUCUAAAUUGGAGAGGACUAUGCGCUGUCGUCUAAUCACCAGCACUUCAGAAAGUAUUGCUCUACACCAGGGCAAACUAACCGAGAAAGUUGUGUCUUUAUCCGAGACCUGCUCCUCUUCUCAAGCAUUUACUAACUUUUCUCACGCUGAAUAUCAAGAAGUAUUUGAUAUUUUGGAUAAAGGUCAAUUGGCAAUGAGGUGA